CCAGGCCCGUCCCCUGAGGGGCGCCGCCUUCGCCCGAGGUGGAGGUCGCGGCCCCGGGCGGAGGCUCCAGGCGCCGACGCCCCAGCUCUCCCCGCGGCCGAGGAACCCCGCCCUCCGUCGCCGGCGGCCCUCCUGGUCGCUUCGCGAGCAGGCUCGGUCCCUCUCCCCGCCGUGCGGGGGUCUCGGGCGGCCAGCGGACCACGACCCUGGCGAUGUAGCACAACAGGAAGCAAAGCAAAGGGAAGCAGAAAUGAGAAACAGUAUCUUAGCCCAAGUUCUGGAUCAGUCAGCCCGGGCCCGAUUAAGUAACUUAGCACUUGUAAAGCCUGAGAAAACUAAAGCAGUAGAGAAUUACCUUAUACAGAUGGCACGGUAUGGACAACUAAGUGGGAAGGUAUCAGAACAAGGUUUAAUAGAAAUCCUCGAGAAAGUAAGCCAACAAACAGAAAAGAAAACAACAGUUAAAUUCAGCAGAAGAAAAGUAAUGGACUCUGAUGAAGAUGACGAUUAUUGAAUUUAAGAUGUCUAGAGACUGGGACUUAAUGGAGCAAUUCUAGGACAGAGAAUACUUGGCAGAAGUUAAGAUCUUGAUGGGAUGUUUACUUUGUUUACUGUCUAUAUGCCUUUUAAAAAUAAACUUGUUAUGCAAAAUAAA